AUGCGACUUAAUCCUAGCAAAUGCGCUUUUGGUGUGCCAGCUGGUAAAUUUCUAGGUUUCAUGCUCACCAAGAGAGACAUUGAAGUUAGCCUUGACAAAUGCAAAGUGGUGAUACAAAUGCGAAGCCCACAAACAGUCAAGGAGGUUCAGCAGUUAACCGGGCGACUAGUGGCCCUCACUCUUUUUUUAGGGAACUCUGCACACAAAUCCCUCCCCUUGUUCAGCCUACUCAAAAAAGGUAUUGCCUUUCAGUGGUCCGAGGAGUGUGAGAAAGCCUUCCAGGAGUUCAAAAGAGUCCUGUCUUGUCGACAUAUCCUCGCCAAGCUAGGCAAUGGAGAAACUUUGUACUUAUACUUAGUCGUAGGUGCCGAGGCUAUAAGCGCAGCUUUGGUUAGAGAAUCAAAAGAAGAAGAGCAGCAACCGGUCUACUUCAUCAGCAAAGUUUUACAAGGGGUUGAACUUCGUUAUCGGCAAGUAGAAAAGUUUUCCCUCACACUUAUCUUCACCGCACGAAGGUUAAGAUCGUAUUUCCAAUGCCACCCGAUCAUCGUCAGGACUAAUCAGCUUAUCCGACAAGUCUUACACAAGCCGGAUCUAGCCAAAAGAAUGAUGUCUUGGGCGAUUGAACUGUCGGAGUACCAAAUCAGUUAUGAACCCAGAACCGCCAUUAAGGCUCAAGCCCUCACAGAUUUUAUAGCCGAGAUGACGCACGCCUCUUACACUGGUAGUCAAAUCGCCGAAAACACACAGUCGGUGGUGUGGAAGCUGUAUGUCGACAGCUCUACCAACGCCACAGGAUCUGGCGCUGGAAUGAUAAUUGAAAACCCGGAUGGUGUGGCGAUUGAGCAUUCCUUGUCCUUUAUCUUUAAUACCACCAACAAUCAGGAGGAAUACGAGGCCUUGAUAGCCGGUCUAAUUCAAGCAAAGGAGUUGGGGGCCCAACAUCUCAAAGUCUUCAGUGACUCUCAGUUGGUAACAUUUCAAAUCUCUGGUGAGUAUCAAGCUAAAGAAUCACUGAUGUGCAAGUACAUGGAAAAAGUAAAAGAGAUAAUGCAGACCUUCGAGACAGUUGAAGUUGAGCACAUUAGGCGGAUAGAAAAUACACGGGCAGACAUUCUCGCCAAACUAGCAAGCACCAAAAGCCCAGGUAACAAUUGUUCUGUCAUCCAACAUAAUUUUGCUAACCCAUGCAUCGUCAUAAGUGUUACAGACGUAACUGAUAGAGCCACCAAAGCUACCUGGAUCACACCUAUCGCCAACUACCUGUCUGAAGGUACCCUUCAACAUGAUCAAAAAGAAGCCAAGAAGGUAGUGCGGAGAAGGGCCCAUUUUUGCAUGAUGCAUGGGCACUUAUAUAAAAGAGGGUGCUCAACCCCACUCUUGAAAUGUCUAAACCCCAGCGAAGUGGAGUACGUCCUUGAAGAAAUCCAUGAGGCAAUCAAUGGCCCCCACAUGGCGGCCACUCUCUGGCAAAGAAAGCACUCCGAGCAGGUUUUUAUUGGCCAACCAUGGAGCAAGACGCCCACGAGCAUGUGA